AUGGGACCAGACAAGAAGAGAAAACAAGAAGAAGUAGAAGGAGGAGCGGGGCACGAGCACGGUGAGAUGCUGGAGAGGAAAAGAUUGAAGAUGGAGAGGAAACAGGCCAAGAAGUUAGCCAAGAAGGAAAAGAAGUUGGCUAGGAAGGAAGAAAAAGAAAAGAAGGCGCAAGAGUUGAGUGAGAAGAAGAAGAAGGAGAAGAAUAAGGACAAGUAUAAUAAUAAAAAGAAGAAGGGUAGCAGUAGCAGCGCCAACAGUAGCAGCAGCAGUAAGAACAUGAAAGAGGAUUUUCCCGCAGCUGUUACAAAGGAUGAGGUUUCUGCGCCAUCAUCCAGCAGCAUUAGCUCUUCCGGCUACACACAAUCAUUCAAAUUGACAAACACUCCACAGCAAGCAAUUGAUGAGUUUUUAUCAGCCAAUGAAGUCACAAUUGAGGACCCACAGCAUCUCAACUAUAAACCAAUUCUUUCAUUUGAUCAAAUUGAAUUGGACGCAUCCAUUGCUUCGAAAUUGCAAAAAUUUGCCAAGCCUACCCCUAUUCAAUCGAUAUCAUGGCCAUUCCUUCUUGAUGGUAAAGAUGUGAUUGGUGUUGCUGAAACUGGAUCAGGAAAGACAUUUGCAUUUGGUGUGCCUGCCAUUAACAACAUCAUCACUAAUGGCUCUACUGACCUGCUUAGUGUCUUGUGUAUUUCCCCCACUCGUGAAUUGGCAUUACAGAUUUAUGACAAUUUGCAAGAAUUGACUAUUGACACUCCGAUUUCAUGUGUUGCCAUAUACGGGGGUGUUUCCAAAGAUGACCAGGUGCGUAAAAUUAGACUGGGUGCCAAUGUGAUUGUAGCUACACCUGGUCGAUUGGUUGAUUUGAUCAAUGAUGGAGCAGUGGAUUUGAGUCUGAUCAAUUACUUGGUCUUGGAUGAAGCUGAUCGUAUGUUGGAAAAGGGGUUUGAGGAAGAUAUCAAGCAUAUCAUUGGAUCCACUAAUGCUCGAGACAGACAGACGUUGAUGUUUACGGCCACGUGGCCCAAGGAAGUUCGUGAAUUGGCCAACAAUUUCAUGCGCAGUCCUAUCAAGUUGACAAUUGGAGACCGUGAUGAGUUGAGUGCUAAUAAGCGAAUCACCCAAGUUGUUGAGGUUUUGGAUGACAAGUUUCAAAAGGAACUGAAACUCAUAUCAUUGUUGAACAAGUACCAACAUGGACCACAGGGUCAAGGCAACAAUAAGAUUUUGGUGUUUGCAUUGUAUAAGAAGGAAGCAUCAAGAAUUGAGUCGUUGUUGCGUCGUAAUAAGUUCAAAGUGGCGGCCAUUCACGGUGAUUUGUCACAACAACAACGUACGCAAGCUCUCAAUUCAUUCAAACUGGGCGAGUGCAACUUGUUGUUAGCUACCGAUGUUGCUGCUAGAGGAUUGGAUAUCCCCAAUGUCAAGUAUGUCAUCAAUUUGACAUUCCCAUUGACGAUUGAGGAUUAUGUUCACAGAAUAGGAAGGACCGGGAGAGCAGGACAAACUGGUGUUGCACAUACCUUGUUUACUGAGGAUGAAAAACAUCUUAGUGGAGCGUUGUGUAAUAUAUUGAGGGGUGCUAAUCAGCCUGUACCGGAACAAUUGUUGAAGUUUGGUGGACAUACUAAAAAGAAGGCCCAUUCGGUGUAUGGUGCGUUUUACAAGGAUGUUGAUAUGACCAAGACAGCAAAGAAGAUUAAAUUCGAUUAG